GUCAUCUCUAAGACUUGCAUAAUUUUUAAAAUUCAUUCCCGAUAUUAAAUCUGAAUUAAAACAUAAAUACCAUGAAACGGAGCUGCCGGGCGUUGAUUCGCCAUGUGCGGCAUGCCUCCACCACUGCCCCCAAAGGAGCCACAACAGCUGCCGCCACCGUGUCAGGAGAAAACGUAAACAAGCCAGAGCCGGCUGCACGUGCCACAUUUCUGGAGAGGAUUCACCGUGGUCCCGGCCUCCAAGACUUCUUCGCAGUUAAACCCGCUUCCAGGCUGAAACUAAACGAAGAGGAGCCGGUGGACACCAGUGUUCCAUACCUCAAUGCAGUGGAUUUCAAUGGUCAGGGAAGGAAAGUGCACUUCGAGGUCUACGGCUGCCAGAUGAACACCAAUGACACAGAGGUGGUGUGGAGCAUCCUGCAGAAGGAAGGUUACCAGCGGUGCCAGGAGCCCGAACAAGCAGAUGUCAUCAUGCUGGUAACCUGCGCCGUGCGCGAUGGAGCAGAGCAAAGGAUUUGGAAUCGAUUGAAGCACCUGCGAGCAAUGAAGAGCAAGCGUAGCCCAAUACGGCAUCCCCUCCAGCUUACCCUCCUCGGCUGCAUGGCGGAGAGGCUUAAGGAGCGUUUGUUGGAGCAAGAACAGUGCGUGGAUGUGAUCGCCGGUCCGGAUAGCUACAAGGAUUUGCCCAGACUGCUCGCCGUGUCCCGUCACUAUGGCAAUUCGGCCAUAAAUGUACUUCUCUCCCUCGAUGAAACCUAUGCGGAUGUGAUGCCAGUGCGAUUAAACUCGGAAUCCCCCACAGCCUUUGUAUCCAUAAUGCGAGGAUGCGACAACAUGUGCACCUACUGCAUUGUUCCCUUUACCCGAGGACGUGAACGCUCCCGACCGCUGAAAUCCAUAGUAAACGAAGUCAAGGCCUUGGCGGAGCAGGGCGUAAAGGAGGUUACCCUACUGGGUCAAAAUGUCAACUCCUACCGGGACAGAGGUGCUGUGGAGGCCGGAGAAGAAACUAAUGUCACUCCCGUGCCAGGUUUCAGCACCGUUUACAAACCCAAAAAGGGUGGAACUCCCUUUGCUGAGCUGCUGGAAGCCGUAGCCGAAGCUGUACCCGAGAUGCGCAUUCGUUUUACCUCCCCGCAUCCAAAGGAUUUUUCCGAUGAGGUUCUACGUGUCAUUCGAGAUCGCCCGAAUGUCUGCAAGCAGCUGCACUUGCCCGCGCAAUCUGGAAAUACUCAAGUUUUGGAGAGAAUGAGGCGAGGUUACAGCCGUGAAGCUUACCUGGAAUUAGUGCAACACAUCAGGGGGCUGCUGCCCAACGUGGGCCUCUCCAGUGACUUUAUUUGCGGGUUUUGUGGAGAGACUGAGGAAGAGUUCCAGGACACAGUGACCCUUAUCCAGCAGGUGCAGUACAACGUGGCCUAUUUGUUUGCUUAUAGUAUGCGGGAGAAGACAACAGCCCAUCGUCGAUACAAGGAUGAUGUACCACUGAAUGUAAAGAACGAUCGACUCAAACGCAUGGUGCUGGCCUUUCGAGAGGAAGCCACCAAGCUGCAUCGUCGAAUGGAGGGCCAGGAGCAGCUCAUCCUCAUAGAGGGCAAGAGCAAACGUUCGGACACGCACUGGUUCGGCCGCAACGAAGCCAAUAUCAAAGUUAUUGUGCCUGCUAUGGAAUUGCCCACUGAACAAAGUGGGGGAGCAAUUAAACCCAUGACUGUGGGUGACUUAGUGGUAGCCCGAAUUGACGAAUCCAACUCCCAGGUGCUCAAGGGAACUCCCCUUCAGAUCAGCAGCAUAGGCAACUUUCACAGAAGACGGGAGCUUACGCAAUAAAUCAAACUUUAAUUGUAACUUAUUCUGUGGUUUACAUCACGC